UAUUAUUCCAUGAUAAGAUCACAUGAAUGUCGCUUCCUUAGAACCGAAAGAAAUCACGGUCGCCGGUGAUCAGUAAUCGAUAAAUGUUGAUAAUCCAAUCAGCGAUAAUAAUUAUUAUAAUGACGUUGUUAUGAUAACAAGUCAAUGCAUUGAAUAUUAUUAGACUCCUGGCAUUGUUGAGUGACAAACAAGUUCAAACUGAUAGUUGUGAUAUAAAAAUAAAUACAAUUUACAUAGUGAAAAGAUAGUGGUUUUCAAUUAUGUGUUGAUUUCGAUUAAAUACUUAAAUAAAGAUUAUUAGGUUAUGGCUAAAAAGAGUUCAACAUUCAAAGGUAUUUCUGACGACGAUUCUGACCAAUCAGACGCAGAGUUCCAACCUCUCUAUGACGACAACGAUGAAUUGGACCAAAGAACAGCCCAAGAAACUAAAGGAUGGAAUCUAUUUCGCGAGAUUCCGGUCAAGAAGGAGAGUGGAUCUAUGGCAACCAGUACAUGGGUCGACAUCAGUGUGAAGAUCCUAAAACUUCUAGCAUACAUCACUGUAUUCGCGGUAAUACUUGGAUCCGCAGUAAUCGCUAAGGGAACACUACUUUUUGUUACUUCACAAUUGAAGAAAGGGCGCUUUAUAAGCCAUUGCAAUAAAGUUUUAGCGUUGGAUCAGCAAUUCAUAACAAUCCUAACCUUAGAAGAAAGAAUAUCAUGGCUGUGGGCGGCGCUUAUAAUUUUUGCCGUGCCAGAGAUAGGCAUGUUCCUGAGAAGCUUAAGGAUAUGCUUCUUCAAAACAGCAAGGAAGCCUAUGCUUGUACAUUUUAUAGCGGCACUUGCAAUAGAAACACUACAAACGAUUGGGGUUGCAAUGUUGGUGUUGAUCAUAUUGCCGGAACUGGAUGUCGUUAAAGGAGCUAUGUUAAUGAACGCUAUGUGUAUAGUGCCCGGAAUACUGAACGCUUUUACAAGAGACCGCAACGACUCUCGGUAUACUGUGACGUUAGUCAUGGAUGUGUUGGCCAUAUCCGCUCAGGCCACUGCGUUCGUUGUUUGGCCACUCCUGGAUGGAACUCCCGCUCUAUGGUGCAUACCAUUUGCGUGUAUUCUUAUAUCACUUGGUUGGUGGGAGAACUUUAUUGGAUAUAUUGGAAGAAAUACUUCAGUGUCCAUGUCGUACCUGUGCGAACUCCGAGAUGGCAUCAAGAGUUCUCGAUAUUCCUCUCAAGCAAUACUAACGAUUUGGAAAAUAGCCGUCUUCAUGUCCUGCAUUUUGGUUUCGUUGAGCCUUCAAGAUGAUGAUCCUUUCGCUUUCUUCACUAAAGCCAAAGAAUCCUUCAAAGAGCGUGAAUAUAGAGUUCAUGAAGUUCAAGUGAUCCUUGAAAAUCUAUAUCAAGGCGUAGUCGAUUACUCGAAGACAGGAGGUAGUUUCGUAGUACCCGCGAAACCGCUGUCUGCUCUUUGGGUUUCUCUCAUACAAAUGGGGACGGCUUACUUUUGCUACGCCUCGGGGAAGUUCGCCUGCAAGAUUCUUAUUCAAAAGUUUAGUUUCACUUUCGCACUAAGUCUCGUCGGACCAGUUACAGUGAAUUUGCUCAUUGCUUUGUGUGGAUUAAGGAAUGCGGAUCCGUGCGCUUUCAGAUUAACCAUACCAGACUAUUUGUUCUUUGAAAUACCGCCAGUCUACUUCUUGAAAGAUUACAUUGGACGUGAAAUGACCUGGGUGUGGUUGCUAUGGCUAAUAUCUCAGUUCUGGAUCACGAUGCACGCUUGGCUACCAAAAUGUGAGCGUCUCGCUACAACGGACAAACUCUUCGCCAAACCUUGGUACUGUGGUCCACUAGUAGACCAGUCUUUACUGCUGAACAGGACCAAAGAUGAUGAAAAUGAAAUACAAGUGGAGGAUCUAAACGAUUUUACAGACGCAGAUAAAAUAUCGAAUGGUAGCGUAGAAAAUAUUGUGAAGGAUGUUAGACCUUCCGAUUGUAUAACCAGGAUUUAUGUGUGUGCGACCAUGUGGCAUGAAACAAAAGACGAAAUGAUAGAGUUCUUGAAGUCUAUAUUCCGGUUGGAUGAAGACCAAAGUGCACGCAGGGUGGCUCAGAAAUACUUGGGUAUUGUGGAUCCGGAUUAUUAUGAAUUAGAAGCACACAUAUUCAUGGACGACGCCUUCGAGGUAUCAGACCAUAGCGCCGAAGAUUCUCAAGUGAAUCGCUUCGUGAAAUAUCUGGUAGAUACCAUAGACGAUGCAGCGUCAGAGGUUCAUCUCACCAACGUCAGAUUACGGCCCCCCAAGAAGUAUCCCACACCGUACGGCGGUAGAUUGGUUUGGACUCUACCAGGGAAGAAUAAAUUGAUCUGCCAUUUGAAAGACAAAUCCAAGAUUAGACAUAGAAAGAGAUGGUCACAGGUGAUGUAUAUGUACUACUUACUCGGCCAUCGUCUGAUGGAUCUGCCUCUUUCUGUGGAUCGAAAGGAAAAUAUUGCCGAAAAUACCUAUUUGCUGGCUCUUGACGGAGACAUCGAUUUCAAACCCUGCGCCGUUACUCUGCUCAUUGAUCUGAUGAAAAAAGACAAGAAUCUUGGAGCCGCAUGUGGUAGAAUUCAUCCUGUGGGAUCAGGUUUUAUGGCAUGGUAUCAAAUGUUCGAGUACGCUAUCGGUCAUUGGCUGCAAAAGGCGACUGAGCACAUGAUUGGCUGCGUACUUUGUAGUCCUGGAUGUUUCUCCCUCUUCAGGGGGAAGGCUUUGAUGGACGAUAACGUUAUGAAGAAAUAUACCUUGACAUCUAACGAAGCUCGACAUUACGUACAAUACGAUCAAGGAGAAGAUCGAUGGCUCUGCACAUUGCUGUUGCAAAGAGGUUAUCGCGUGGAGUACUCGGCGGCUUCAGACGCUUACACGCACUGCCCGGAGAGCUUCAAUGAGUUCUUCAACCAGCGCAGACGAUGGGUUCCCUCUACAAUGGCCAAUAUCUUCGACCUGCUGGCUGACUCCAAACGCACUGUCAAAAUGAAUGAUAAUAUAUCUACCUUAUACAUUGCAUAUCAGACGAUGUUGAUAUUGGGUACCAUCCUGGGCCCUGGGACUAUCUUCCUUAUGAUGAUAGGCGCCAUAAACGCCCUCACCGGUCUGAGCAAUAUCAACGCACUCUUACUAAACUUAGUUCCGCUCUUCAUAUUCGUCGUAGUGUGCAUGACGUGCAAAUCAGAAACUCAGCUUCAAGUGGCGAAUAUAAUAACAUGCGCGUACGCAAUGAUAAUGUUAAUGGUUAUUGUCGGUAUAGCUCUCCAGAUUGUAGAGGACGGAUGGUUGGCACCUACCAGUAUGUUCUUUAUUGCCACCUUUGGUAUAUUCUUCAUAACGGGCGCGUUACAUCCUCAAGAAAUCUUCUGCUUGGUUUACUUGGUUAUUUACUAUAUAACCAUCCCUAGCAUGUACAUGCUGCUCAUCAUAUAUUCGCUUUGUAACCUUAACAACGUCUCCUGGGGGACUCGGGAGGUGGCGCAGAAGAAGACUCUAAAGGAAAUGGAAAUGGAGAAAAAAGAAAUCGAAGAGGCAAAAAAGAAAAUGGACACAAAGAGUACUUUGGCCUUGUUUGGGAAAUCCGAGGAGAAAACCGGAUCGCUGGAGUUUAGCUGCGGCGGCUUAUUCAAAUGUUUAUGUUGCACGAACCCUGUAGAUAACAGCGAGAGCUUGCAUCUUCUACAGAUUUCAAACUCGCUGGAAAAAAUUGAUAAGAGACUGGACUCAUUGGGUGCACCGCCGGAGGUAGAAAAAAAUCCUCGACGUCGAUCCUCCAUGGGUCUUCGAGGUGAUACGUUAUCGAUGCUGCCCGAGUACGAAGACAGCGAAGCUUCCACGGAUAUACCUAGGGAGGAGCGAGACGAUUUAAUAAAUCCAUAUUGGAUUGAAGAUCCAAAUCUUCAAAAGGGGGAAGUGGACUUUUUGACGACAGCCGAGACUGAAUUUUGGAAAGAUUUGAUCGACACAUACCUCAGACCCAUCGAUGAGAACAAAGAGGAGCAGGAGCGUAUUAAAAAUGACUUGAAGGAAUUACGUGAUAACAUGGUGUUCGCGUUUGUGAUGCUCAACGCUCUGUUCGUGCUGGCGAUCUUCCUCCUCCAACUUCGACAGGACCAGUUGCAUUUAAAGUGGCCUUUCGGACAAAAAAUUACUCUAUCAUAUGAUAGUAACGAUAAUGUUGUGCUGAUAGACCAAGAGUUUUUGAUGCUCGAGCCAAUCGGUUCGGUUUUGAUCAUAUUCUUCGGUUCGGUGCUUCUCAUUCAAUUCGUAGGGAUGUUGUUCCAUAGAUUGGGAACACUUACGCACUUGCUAUCCACCGUGCAGCUGAACUGGUUCUUCACCAAAAAGCCACAUGAAAUGUCCGAGGACGCACAAUUCGAGAAACGAGCGGUAGAUAUAGCAAGAGAUCUACAGAAAUUGAACGUGGAUGAUUUAGAACGUCGAGGCGUCGACGACUCGAAUGUCUCGCGACGGAAAACUCUUCACAACCUCGAACGCUCGCGAGACAACAAAUCCGCUCCUAUCAACUUGGACGCCAACUUCAAGAGGAGGCUGACUAUACUGCAGACAGCUGAUCCGAGCGUGGUGUCGCGGCUGCCGUCGCUGGGCGGCACGUCGGCGACGCGGCGCGCCACGCUGCGCGCGCUCAUGCACCGCCGCGACUCCGUGCUGGCCGACAAGCGCCGCUCGCAGCUGCAGGCGCGAGACUCCAGCGCCGGCUACCUCUACGAAGACCCCAUCACGGCGCUCAACGACAUGGCGGGUCGGCAGUCCCUCGCGUUCAUGAACAAGGGUUACGAGCCCGCGCUCGACAGCGACGAAGAAGUCGCGCCGCGACGCAGCACGGUGCGCUUCCGGGACACGUACAAGUGAGACGGGCAGGGGUUCUACUACCACCACUGUCUACCAACACAGCCUGUCUAAUUUUUAAGUAUUUUAUUUUAAACAAUAUAAUUGUGACUAAAAUUAUGUAAUUAAAUAUUUAUAAUCAGAUGUUUCAUAUAUCAAUGUAAGUUCUGGUAACAUUACGUAACUUGUAAAGUAAAUUUUAUCUUAUUUAUAAUAACCAAUUUUAAAUGUGAAAAAAAUCAAUAAAACAAAAUAUUUCUAUUUGUAUUAUGAUUCUGUGAUUUUGUCGGGGAUCGUUUUGUUUUUUGUUUGUACCUAUUUUAUGCAAUAAGUACUAUUGUAAGAAAAAAUAUGCUUUAAUAAAUUAUUUGCAAUUA